AUGCACGUCUCUCAAAUGCUGUCCGAGGCCGAACGGUCGAAGCAGCCCAAGUUCUCCUUCGAAUUCUUCCCUCCCAAGACCGCACAAGGUGUGCAGAACCUCUACGACCGUAUGGACCGCAUGCACGCACUCGGCCCCAGCUUCAUCGAUAUUACAUGGGGAGCUGGAGGGCGCCUGGCACAACUGACGUGCGAGAUGGUGGGCGUGGCUCAAUCGCAAUACGGACUAGAGACAUGCAUGCACCUUACUUGCACCGAUAUGGGAAAGGAGAAAGUCAACGAGGCCCUGAAGGAAACAUAUAAAGCUGGCUGUACGAAUAUUCUUGCGCUCCGUGGAGAUCCACCCAGAGAGAAUGAGAAAUGGGAAGCUACCGAGGGAGGAUUCCAAUACGCAAAGGAUCUUGUCAAGCAUAUUCGAGACACGUACGGCAAUCAUUUCGAUAUAGGGGUUGCUGGGUACCCAGAGGGCUGUGAUGACCAGGACGAUCUGGAACUAUUGGUGGACCACUUAAAAGAGAAGGUUGAUGCCGGAGCUACAUUCAUCGUAACCCAGAUGUUCUACGACGUGGACAAUUUCCUCGAUUGGGUUCGAAAGGUCAGGGCAAAGGGGAUUACUAUUCCCAUUGUUCCUGGCAUCAUGCCUAUAAAUACGUAUGCUAGCUUUUUACGGAGGUGUAACCACAUGAAUUGCUCAAUUCCACCCAAAUGGAUGGAAGCCCUGGAAAAGGUCAAGAAUGACGAUGCUGCGGUUCGAAAUAUUGGGACGGGAUUGGUGGCCGAAAUGUGCCGCAAAAUUCUGGAUUCAGGACUGAUCCACCACCUGCAUUUCUAUACGAUGAACCUCGCACAGGCCACUAAAAUGGUUCUUGAGGAUUUAAAACUAACUCCAUCAGAUGAACGGCCACUCAAACAGGCUCUGCCAUGGAGGCAAUCUCUUGGGCUCGGUCGCCGAGAAGAGGAUGUUCGUCCGAUCUUUUGGAAGAAUCGCAACAAGUCCUACGUGGCACGAACCCAAGAAUGGGACGAAUUUCCUAAUGGCAGAUGGGGUGACUCGAGAUCUCCUGCUUUCGGGGAAUUGGAUGCGUACGGUAUUGGAUUGAAGGGAACCAACGAACAGAACCGGAAGCGCUGGGGCGAACCAAUCUCGAUCAAGGACGUUGCCGAAAUUUUCGUAAAAUACCUCGAAAAUGGCGUGGACAGUCUUCCGUGGAGCGAAGCCCCCAUCACAAGUGAAGCUGAUUCCAUCAAAGCCGACCUCAUCGGGUUAAAUAAGCGCGGCUUCUUAACAGUCAAUUCCCAACCAGCUGUAGAUGGGGUGAAAUCUUCCGAUCCGGUUUAUGGCUGGGGUCCAGCGAAUGGUUAUGUCUACCAGAAAGCUUAUUUGGAAUUAUUGGUCUCUCCACAAUUGAUGGAUGAGCUAAUUCAGAGAAUCGAGCGCGACCCUGAUCUUACCUACUAUGCCGUCAACAAAGCUGGAGAGCUCAAGACCAAUGCGCCAGGUGACGGGCCAAAUGCCGUGACUUGGGGUGUGUUUCCCGGAAAGGAAAUCGUGCAGCCAACGAUUGUCGAGACCAUCAGUUUCUUAGCUUGGAAGGAUGAAGCAUUCCGCCUUGGAAUGGACUGGGCGCAUUGUUACUCUAAUCUCAGCCCUAGUCGUAACUUAAUCCAGAACAUGAUGGAGAACUGGUUCCUGGUCAAUAUUGUUCACAAUGACUUCCAUCAGACACAUGGUCUCUUCCGACUCUUCGACGAGCUUUCAGUCCCUAGCAUUGAUAAGCCUUUUGAAGUCGAAUAUAAGAACGGCAUCGAUACCAACGGCGUCAACGGUUCUCAGCCCGAUGUUUUAGAAAAUAAUUCCGUCAUGAACGGCGCAUAA